AUGCACAGUGUACUUCUGAUCGCCCUGUUUGCCCCGGCAAUUUCAGCUUUCCUAUUAGACAGCUUUGGUCUAGGAAGUGGUAUUAAAACCGUCACCGAACUGGACGUGCCGAAAUACUUAGGACGAUGGUAUCAGAUGUACGCCAGUCAGUCAGUAUAUGCCACGUUUGAAAAGGAUGCCGUGUGUGUAACUGCUGACUAUUCCAUGUCAACGGACGGUUCUGGGAAUGUGCUCGUUCGUAAUGGAGAAAAUCUGAAGACUCCGAACGGAACGCUCAAAACUAUCAACGGAUACGCAGUUCCAUCCAAUGAGCCAGGAAAGCUGACCGUCAAUCUCGAAACAGCUCCGUUCCCAGCCCCUUACUGGGUGAUCAAACUAGGACCUACAACGUUUGGAAAGGAUGACCAGUACCAGUACUCUGUAGUGACCGACAACCUGAAAGCCACACUCUUCGUACUGGCGCGAGACCCAGAAACAUUCAAGCGUGACUAUGAUGAAGAAAUAGUUCAGUACCUCAAAGAUCAAGGCUUCACUAACUUUAUCAACAAACCAGUAGCGACAUACCAUGGUCCCGACUGUAUGUACGUCAAGCAGUGA